UCGCUGCACAUGCGGAAGUUACACAAUAACAACAAAGUGAAGCAGAAGAAACUCAUACCAGUUUGGAGGUUAUAGCCCAUAGUUAUAGCAGGAUGGUCAACCUCGGUCUUACUAAAGUUGAUGAUGCGGUAGCAGCAAGACACCCGGGUUUGCAGCAGUACGCCGCUUGUCAGUCUUACGCCUUUAUGAAAGGCACAGCAAGCUUCAUAUUGGGCACAGCUGGUUUAUUUUUUGCACAACAAGCAUUUCAGAAAAGAAUCCCAUAUCCUCUUAAGUGGAACCUUCUAGUGUCUAUUGUUUCAUCUUCAGUAUUCAGCUAUUCAGUAACUCGCUGGGAAACCAUGAAGUGCUCAGACUUGUGGUUAUUUCUUGAGACAGGAAAUGUUCCUGACAGAAACUCUCCUAUAGCCGUGUAAGAUAAUUUACAGUCAGCCUGUCAUCAAAAAACUCAUCAUCUCUCUUGGAAGGGUCCUGAACACCCUGUAAGUGUUUAUUUUAUGAUAAUGAUAGGAUGACUGUACUUUUAAUCUAUAUAUUUUAUGUCUGCGUUGAUCCCUGAUUUGAACAGACUAUCUUCAGUUUUUUUUUUGUAUUUUAAACUUCAUGAAAUGAAUCUAACCAUGUGUUGUUUACUGUACACUUAGAGGAAGAACCAUAAACUCCUCCAGAUCCCAAAGCCACACAAUUGGGGAUGAGAUGGAAUUACCUCAAUCCUUUGUUUGAGUGGCCAAUACGAAGACUCUUUAUUAAUUCAUGUCAGGGACUUGCAUUAGGUGGGCAAUUUUUGGAGAAUGUUUAACCUUUCUAAACUGAAAGUGUAUUUGGUUCUGGUUACAAAACUAUUUUUUAAUAUAUGGUGGGUGUGUUUCAAUAAAUAAUUAUCAUAAGUCAUAAGUCA